AUGCCAUCCAGACUGAGGAAGACCCAGAAACUUCCAGGCCAUGUGAGCCACAGCUAUGGCUGCAUUGACACAGGAAGCUCCUGGGAAGCCGAAGUAAUCCUGGUGGCUUGCAUAAUCACAGGAUCAACUUUUGACAAAUAUCACCCAGGUUACUUUGGGAAAGUCGGCAUGAAGCAUUACCACAUAAAGAGGAACCAGAGCUUCUGCCCAACUGUCAACCUUGAUAAACUGUGUACAUUGGUUAGUGAGCAGACAUGGGUAAAUGCUGCCAAAAACAAGAUUGGAGCUGCUCCUAUCAUUGAUGUGGUGCAAUUGGGUUACUACAAAGUUCUGGGGAAGGAAAAGCUCCCAAAGCAGCCAGUCAUUGUGAAGGCCAAAUUCUUCAGCAGAAGAGCUGAGAAGAUUAAGGGUGUUCGGUGGGGGCCUGUUUCCUGGUAG